AUGAACGACAACACUUCUUGGAUUCCCCUUCAUGACUCCUUGCCCGACACAGCCACAACUCCCGAGUCCGCUUCCGACUCCUUACUCUCGCAGUGGUUCGAGUCACUCGAACAUGAUAACAUCUCGCCCCGGGGUGGGGACGAUCGACGAACAAGUAUGGACCUUCAACAUCCUCACAGUGCGCCUGACGAAUACUGGCAACACUGUGUUGGCGUCCGCCAACAGGAUGCCCCUAAACCGCCCCCGCGAGAUGAGAUGUUGUCUCCGUUGGUACUUCACGGGAUGCAGCAGCUCCUCCCGUUUCGAAACGCACUUAUCCCUCCUACCCCUCCCUUACCGAAAUCCCCGUUGCCCCCCACCACUUCACCAAAUUACGCUUAUUCCUCCUUAACACCUGCACAAGCGAUAUCGCCUACCUCACCUUCGAUCCCCUAUUUUCCGAUGCCGACAUAUUACAAUGUCCCCAAUGGUCAACACCCUACCUUCUACGCGUCUCCGCCAAGUCAGCAUCUGCCGAGUUACGAAGGGUCGCCUGGUGGAGCGUCGGUCUCCUCCUACCGUAGCCUUGGUCAGACCACCUCGCCCGGACAGGCGUCCGUCUACUACAGUCUCCCCCCUUCUCCUGCGACAGUGUACUAUACCCCGAUGCAGGCGGGGCCCUCGACGCUUCCUGACAUUCCUUGCGAGGGCUGGGGCGUGCCUUCCUUCAACACGCCGUCCACGCCAACUCCACUCCCCCGUAUUUGCAUCGAGCAGACCAUUCAGUACACACAUCACAAGGAGACUGGAGACGAGGACGUCUUUAUGAGCGGCGGCGUUCGGGGGGUGCUCGUACGCGAUGUCCUCAAGGAUCGCGUCGCUCUGGAUGGGCACGACGAGCCUACGGUUGCAGGAGGCGUCGACCGCAGCAUACAUCUGGUCAUCGCGUGGCCCGGCUAUAAACACAAAGGACACUACAUCUCCUUGAAGAAUAGCGGCGUUAAGAUCACUCGUGGGAAGCUCGCCAAGACGAUAUGCAAACACAUUUCCUCGUUUAUGAACGGCGCGGCGAAGACACGCGUGCAGCGGAAACAUGCGCAGUGGGCGAUCGGGCCACGCGGUAUCACCAUUGAUAGGCUUUGGCUGGUGUCCCUCGCGAAGGCGCAGAAAAGUGGCGUCUGGCUCGCUGGACUCGAAAUGUCCCCGUGA